UCUGUCAGUUGAGGUGCGUUUAUCUGCGGGACAAGUCGGAACCGUAGUGUCCCGAGUUUUUUUCGCCGAAAAAUCUCAUUUGCCUACCUAAAUACCACCUACAGACCAAGAAACCAUCUCAUCUAUCUUACUGGAGCUGACUGGAUCUGACUCGAUUCUACUGUCGAUGGUUUUGUUUUGCAAAUUAUCAUUUGACGUGCUUGUCUGGAUUUCUUCUGCAGUGCAACCAUACUCGUGCCAAUCUUCAAGUGAUUUACGUCAACUUUGUGAAUAAAUUUAUUCUCAACUUGAGAGCUGCCAACUGAUCCCAUGCAUCAAUCAAAUCAAAGUGGAUGUUUCUUUGUGUGAUAUGUUGGUAUGUUGGUAAACCGCCCCGCAUGCUGUGAAUUUUCAGUUCAGUUACAGCGAAGAAAGCAGGACGGAGUUUGUCACCAACAUGUGCGAGUGAUCUAAUCAGUUGUGGUGACAAAAAAAGAGUAGGGAACGAACCCCUCAGUCGGUGGAAGUACCACAUUUGAGCAGUAACUUGAGUGCCAUCAAGCGCCAGGCCUUGGACCCCCGGCUGGAUUAUGUGCCUAAGAAGAGAAAGGUGAUUUUUCAUACAAUUUCUUCUCUUUAUUGUUCGCUGUUCUAACACACUCAGAGGAAAUCGAAACUCAGUCGCAUCUGCGGAUGUCAGGAUAUCGGAAGUUUUGGAAAGCUUUUAAACUAUACGGGAGGUGAAAAAACACAGGAAAAAAAUUCAAUCAAGUGAAAAAUUACGUUCGUAUGAAGGGCUACCUGGUGUGAGAGAGUGAUGCCAAAUAGAGUCAUCACAACACGGUAAUGAUUGCCAUGUGAAAGUGAUUAUGCCCGUAAUUUUUCAAGUGGAAAACUUCGGUUCAUUGAGGAAACAACUUGUAGCUUGGAGAUACGAAUUGACUUGAUUUGAGAACUCGGUCAAGGUAGCGAAGAACGAGUUGUUCAAUUUCGUAAUGGAUUUUUUGUGAGUGGAUUCCGCGCUUCCGUAAAUCAGGAUCUCUGCACGAUAAAAGCCUUCCGACUUUAUCCGGCAUUCCGGCGUGAGGAGAAGCAAUUUAUCCACAUCGGGCAGUGGCAAAAUCCGACCCGAGCACGACGAGUAAUGGUUGGAAAAUUAACUGUAAGUGCGAGUGCAACAUAAACCAAGCAAGUCGAAAAAAAUAUCCCAAGAAAAUUUACUACUACCAUAAAGAACACCUUUCCGCGAAAAAAAACCCAGGCCAAAAGAGAACCGAUAUGAGUUGGUCAUCCAGUUGGAGCUACAGCGUGAAUGUGGACGAUUUUCGGUUCUGAAACCAAGUGAGGAUAGUGAACGUGAUACUUGUAUACCAAAGGAGCGGUAUUCUGGUUUCAAUUUUGGUAAGACCAUCGAGUGUGGUCAGUUUCAUUAGGUUUAGGUUUCUGUUAGUUGGUGCGAAUAAAUUGUGUACAUACACACACAGAAACAACCCACGGAAAAAUAACACCCCGCGUAACGACGAGGAUCACCGGAGAACGGGGCAUAAGAACGUAAAUCAUCGCUUAUGUAUAGUAAACAACGAAUUGUUCGUGGAUAGUUUUUGCUCACGCAAUCCGUUUUGCCGCAAGCCGGAGGUUUUCGAGACUGGAAUAAAUCUAACAAUUAUUGAAUUCGGAACGUCGGCAACGAUGCUCGGUACGACACAGGCAGUGGUGAUGGCGAAUUCAACAAGUUGGUUGAAUUUUACGGCGGAUUGAAUGGAACGAUGUUCAGCAUAGCACAUUCCUGUCACACCACGACCAAUACAAACCGGUGAUGGGUCAUUCUUGCCAUCAACACCAUCACCGAGAAGAACGUCGCUAUCACUGCUAUCGAUCUAGGCCAAAGAGCAAAUGGUUCGAGCUCCCGUUAUGGCUGCUGUACGCCGGGAUGCUGCAGCUGGCAUUUCAGCUAUCCUUCGGGCAUGCCCUCGAGCAGCAACAGGUUCCGCGAAUGGAAUCCUCUGAUCUGGAAUCAUCCACGUCCGGCUCGGUUACCCUGCCACCCUGUGAACCGAAAGCUUUGGAGGAAGUCCCACCGGACCCCUACUAUGACGUGUCGGAUAUUACCAUCACUGCUGCCAAAUCGUUUGCCGAUUUCCUUGCCGGCAACAGAAUUGACUCCAGCAAAGACGACCGAAAGUUGAAUGUUGCCCGCGAGAAAGCCAACGAACUGGCGAGUUUCGUUCUGAAGGAAGAUGACGGCCUGUUGGCAGUGGGCAUUGCUUCGCCCCGGUUGCCGCUGGCGGUGGUUCAAUUUCGGGACAAAAUCGAUGCCGGCCACGUCAAUCUGGCCGAAAGUAAGAACUUCCUUUCGACCUACUGGCGGGAGCUUGGUGUUGCCUGGAAUCAAAGCAACGGAGCGCAGUUCUGGGGUGCCCCGUUCCGGGACUGUGGUCCCCUGUACGGGCGGUGGCUGUGGCCUUUCAGUGUGACGGUGGAAUCUCAAGGAUACAAGAUCGUGGCCUCGGCAUUUAUAGCGGCCGACGUGGACCAAUGCAACGAUGCUCUGGAGGCGAUUUUCGGACGGCGGCAUUCCUGCGACCGGGAGUCCACCUUCUGUCUGAUGUCGACAGAGGCCUCGAAUUCCGGUGGCCGAGGGAAGUACACCUGCGUGUGCAGGGAUGGGUACUACAUUCCGAACGAGUCCUUCCAGGGGUUCACCUCGGACAAGAAUGAUGCGAAUGUUACGAAUUUUAGCUGUACUCCAUGCCCGAGCGCGUGCGAGUGCAAUUCGGCCGGCAGUUGCAGCCGCCCAGACGAGGACUUCAGCACGGAAACGCUGAUGAAGGCCACCAUUGGUGCUAUUUUGGGAGCGUGUAUGCUUUGUUGUUUAGUGUUAGCGUUAAUUGUGUUCCGUCAACGAAAAUGCAAGACUAUUGCAACGGGGAUGUGGACCAUUUUAGAGACAAUUUUAUUCGGAAUUUUACUACUAUAUCUAGCGGUUGCCCUUCACUUUCUGCAAGCGUCCACAUUGCGCUGCCUGCUGGAGCCCUGGUGCCGCGAGCUAGGCUUCAUCAUCUGUUACGGUGCAAUCGUGCUCAAACUAUACCGCCAUCUGGUGGAAUUUCGCACCAGAAAAGCUCAUCGAUGGGUUGUGAGAGAUUUAGAUCUACUGCGCUAUCUGUGCGCGAUGAUCGUUGCGGUACUGUGCUACCUGGCCGCAUUCACCGCCACCAGCAUGGACUUCCUGCGGUACAGCGAGUUGGUGUGGAAGGUGGACAACACCGACGAUCAGGUCACGUCCAACAUGUGCCGACCACUGAAGUGGGACUAUGUAACCGAAGCGGGCGAGUUGCUCAUACUUUGCUUCGGGCUUCAGCUGGCCAUUGCCAGCCGUAACGCAAACACCCAGUUUAGAGAACGCCAAUUUCUGGUCGCCUCAAUAUUGAUCGAAUUCCUAGUAUCGUCCACAUUCUACAUCCUUCGGUUCUGGUAUCUGGAGGAGUUCAACCCGUCUACACUAUUCCUAGCUCUUUUUGUACGGUCCCAGCUGACAAACACAGUUACGCUCGGGCUAAUAUUUCUACCCAAGCUAUGGUACCAGCAUAAGCAGGUUCGUUCCCUUGCCCAUGAUGUAUCAUUCCGCUUACCUGUGGAUGCUUUCAAGGGUGCACACGACAGUUCCCACCAUGGCGGCGGCCUCGGUACCUACGCCGGCAUCUGCGUUGGCGAUCCGGAAGGAGGCGACGUCACCAUCUCCGAGAUGAGCCCGGAGGACAUCCGUGCCGAAUUGAAAAGACUGUACACACAACUAGAGUAUUUAAAGAAUAAGACACUACGGCAGGACAAUCCACACAUCAGCAAGCGACGGGGAGGCCGGAAGGUGGCACAUCGCCGAUUCUCGUUACAGAAAAAAGGAAGCAGAGAAAAGGCACUAAGCGCCAAACAUCGCAACAAUCGUCCAGCGGUCAGCGAAGUGGAAGUGACCGAAGCGGAACCGUCCCGCACGCCGGAGGACUCGGUGUGCAGCGUCGAGGGUCCCACCGAUACCGGUGCGGAGAUUUCGGGCGUCUCCUACUCGAAAUAGCCGUCAACCAACAACGGCAGUGGCAGCAGCGUCAAACACACCGACAACAAUCACACCAAGCACAUCUAUUUUUUCCGCCGGCCGCAAAAGCAGCCGGAAAAAUCACGCUACCGAGAGUACAACUUUUAACUUUAUCUUAUCACUCCCAGGAUAAGCGGGAAUUCUGACGAAACCUUCGCCAGCCACUGUUAGAAACGAGAGACAAUAGCAUACAUGUCCGGAGUAAUUUAUUCAAAAGGGUCAGAACAACUACGUGCGGGAAAAUUCUAGACAAACAGUUGCGCCCGCAUCACAUCAGUAAACAUUAACCAGCGCAAAAUCAAAAAAAAACUUUUCUCUUUUGGUCAAUGUCGCCAGCUGUGCUUGGCGAGUAACGAGUAAUCUGGAGUUUUCCGUCGAAAUUGCAUGUUGACAAUUGAGUUGCCGACCCUUAUCAUAAAUUGCUCGUGAUUUGACGUUCGUUCCACUUGCUCUUAUUUAUGCAAAUCAACUGAGCAUGUCAUUUUAUGUGAUUCUAAGCACAGAUUCGGACCAUGUUUUGAUAAAACGUGCGUCGUUUCGGAGUCAGGCUUUAUAAUUCAUUGAUGUACCAAUAUUUAUAUAUAGUUUUUAUUUCUAUUUUUUUCAAACCAUUUGACGCCGCACGCUGUUAUCGUUGUUAAAAUGGCUUGAAGAGUUUUGCUGAUGGAACAUACCAGACGGUGGGGCGCGUUGUUUAGACAAAUCGCUCUGAUUGUGAGUGAAAAAGGAAGGAGAUUAAUCUCAAGCAGCUUAUGGGUUUCCCCGGGCGUCACUAGCCGCGAAUGAAUAAUUUCAGAUGGUUUGUCACUUGCUUGGAUCGCUUGAAAAACGUUACGAACAGGAUAUUUUACUAUGGAGACGCCUGGUGAGUUGCAUCGGUACAGCGUACCAAGCGCUCCCAUCGAAAUGGUACCUUUGCUAUGAAGUUUUUCGGUGGAUAUUUAUAUUUAUAACCUUACUAAAUGAGAUCCUCUUUACGCUGUAUCUCAGAUACACUAUUUCAUUCAUUUGUAAGAACUAAAGUUACCCAAGUUGCCACGAUUCUUUAAUGUAAACGCGAAGUCACAUGCCUCAAAAUCAAUCGAGAUUCAAAAUUUAAUUUGUUAUCUCUCAUCUGUUCUCUAAGAAAACCUUAAAAUUUUAAACCCAAUGACAACUCCAAGGUUGAAGAUAUGUUUUUAUGCCACAAGAUCGAAAAUCGAAUAAUAUUACGACAUGAAAAUUCAAUUUUCCCUUGACAUGUUUUUUACCCACUAAAUAUACUGUAUGUAUGCAAUGCACAACACAUUUUACAGCGUUGCUAAUAUACCAGCGGAAUAGCAUACAUACAGUACAUUCUGUGGGUAAAAAGCUUGUCAAGGGAAAAUUCAAUUUUCAUGUCGCAAUAUUAACCGAUUUCCGAUGUUGUGGAAUCGAAAACAUGGGGUUAUCCAAGAGCAUUAAAAAUUUUAAUUUCUGUUGAAGAACAGUGGAGAUAUAAAAACUUAAAUUUAGGUUUCCGACUGAUUUUGAGGCUUAGGGCUUGGAAUGUUAAUCGCACUUAUUAUGUACGGAAUACACUUCAUCAUCGCGCAGUAUGUUUUCUACAUUCGAUUGAUUACUCAAUUUCCCUACGCCACUGAAAGAAUUGCAAUUUUUCAGAAAAACUCAUUAUUGGAGUAUCAUUCAACAAAAAAUACAAAACCCAAAAAGAAACAACGUCCAGCUCACACUAUUCAUUAAAAUAUGCUCUUAUAUCAACAUAAGAAAAAAACACCCCUGUGGCUGUCCGCACAAAAUGUGACUAACAAUAGCGAAGAAAAUAAAAACGGUAAAACGAGUGUCAUUUACGCCAGAAAGCAGGAAGAGGAGAAUCUCCGACUUAUGAUUCAUCACUCGUUCGCUCGUCCCCGCCGGAACUAAACAUGUCUACUAAAGACAUGGCACAAAAAGAACACGCUCAACCCGUAAAGGUGUUUUUGUAUCCCACCCCGGAACAAAACACACGCUCUUUCAAAACAACUCAGUGAUAAGUAAAAUGUGAACAUGUUCAAAAAUGUUCAAUGAGAUAGUUCCUGUUUUUCUUAAUUAUGAUUUGCACUACCACCUUUGAGUAUCUCCGCGUUACUCAUCGCUGAGUUGUACUAUAAGAACGUGUACUUCUUGGCGCAUCUUCCAUAGAAUGAAAAAUGUAGCAUUUAUAAAACCACGCCACUUUUAAAGAAUGCUACUUUUUCCCACCGGUGCAAAAACUUUACAAGCAAGCACUGUGCGCUGUCGAUGAAAAACUUUCCCACAAAAAUCGCGCGGAGGUGUAUUCUGCCAAUGAAACCGGAUACCGUGAUUGUUGUUCAAGUCUGAGUUUGCUAUUUCGCCUACAAGUUUCCGUGUUUGGUAGCACAUAGUCCGCCCACAAAUAGGAUAAGUUGUGAUCCAAACAAAAGAAUCGAGUCAUCUGGUGUAUUGUUACCAUGGAGGUUUAUACAAACGUGGAAGCGCACAUUUGCGGAAGUUUGAUAAAAAAAAUACUCCUAAUGGAGAUGACUGUUCGCGAAGCGGUUUGGCGAAGUCGCACAUUUUCGUUAAGGUUGCACAGAGAAUGCGCAAAAUUCGCAAACGAAAAAAGCAGUUUUUUCCACACCGUAUGUCAGAUCUUCAUAAAAAUCAAUCAAUGUAGAAUGUUGUUACAGUACUGCUGAUUGAUUUUUAUGAAGAUCUGACAUACGGUGUGGAAAAAAACUGCUUUUCUCGUUUGCGAGUUUUGCGCAUUCUCUGUGCAACCUUAAGGUUGAACGGAAAAUUCCGCACCAUUUGUCAGAUCUUUAUGAAAAUAAAUCAGCAGUACUUUAACGAUAUUUCACAUAAUCAGAUUGAUGAUCAGAGCGUGGAAAACAACUGCUUUUAUCAUUUUAAAUUUAAAAAGUGUAUUGAAUCAAAUUUCAUCACAAGGAAAGAUUCGUUAAAAUGCACCUAUUCAACCGCUCGUUUUCAAACUUUCAGGGAAUAAAAUAACAGUGUUCAUAAAGUCGUAUACAAUGUUUGGGUCAAUUUAUUUUUGUGUGGAAAUCCAUUUUUUGCUCAUUUCUGCUUCCGAUUACACUUCGUUAGGAUGUUUCCGGAAUGCCUGCUUCAUGAUGAUCCAGUAUUUCUCAAAAGGCCGCAAUUCCGAUACGUUCGGAGGAUUAAGAUCCUUUGGCACGAAAUUAACUUCCGUAGCCUUGCGACCACUCCGGAACAUCUUUCGAGUAAUGGUACGAAUCUAAAUUCGACCAGAAAGCGUUGGAUCAUCGGUAGAUCUCAGAAGUGGAAGUAGACGCUUUUGGAGACAUUCUUUCAAAUAAUCCUGCCCAUUGACCGUUCCGGUUAUCAUGAACGGGAUGCUCCCUUUUUUCCAGCCCGAAUGGAAUCUGUUAGUUGGGACCUGGCAACACAGUACUCUGUGCACAGCCAAACAACAUGCUCGAUGUCGUGAUAGCCGUUCUCACAAACAGAAUGAUUACUUUUAGCAAGUUCUAUAUGACGGAGAUUCGCAUCAAACGUGUAAUGGUUGGACAUGAGCCUUGACAUCGUACGAAUAAAGUCGCCGGUCACAUCAAACCCCUUAAACCAAGCAUUCGUUGAUACCUUCAGGAUAAUGGAAUGUAGCCACCGUCCCAGAUGCCCAUUGCUCCAUGAAGUUUGCCAACUUUCGAGCGUCCUCUGACGAGAGAUACUGAAAAAUUCAAUGAAGCAAAUUGGUCCUUCGUAAAUGUCACCUUCUGAUGCGCCCACCUUGGCUAAAGAGUCCGCCUUCUCAUUGCCCGCAAUGGAGCAAUGUGACGGGACCCAAACCAAGGUAAACUGGUAUGAUUUUUCAGAUAAAGCUAUUCCCGUAUUUCCCCAGGACAUACGGUGAGUGCUUUCGCCGCACGGAUUGCCUCAAUGGAGCUGUGACUGUUCAAAACGAAGAAAUAAUGGUUAAUGACCCCGAGAGUAUGCAGCUAAUUCUGCGACAUAAAUUGAAGCAGGAUCAUUGAGUUUGAAUGAGGUAGCAAGAUUUUCGUUGAAGCUACCGAAGCCGAUGGAUCCGUCGAGUAAUGAUCCGUCAGUGUAGAACAUUUUACCGCAGUCAACUUGAUGGUAUUUAUUAAAGAAAAUAUUUGGGACCACUUGUGGGCGAAUGUAAUCCGGGAUUCCACAAAUCUUCCUUCACGGAUGUGUCGAAAAAUACAGUUGGAUCAGAAGUAUCUAAGAGAUGAGCACGGUUAACGUUAUACGAAGAUGAAUUGACGUUCUAUGCCAUGUCAUCGAAGUACAAGAACAUGAGUCGGGUCUGAGAAUUAAGCUCGACAAGCCUUUCGCAAUUUAUAAUCACCAAUGGGUUCAAAAUAUCGCAUCGAAUGAGCAGGUCCCAAAAUCGUUUUUUUAGCGGAAGGACACCCGCCAUCAUCGUAUGGGUCGAUUGCAUGCAACCCAAGGCAAUGCGCAAACAGCUACACUGGAUUUUUUCUAGUUUGAUGAAAUGUAUGCUCAAAACGAAGCGAAAGCAGAAACAUCUGUACUCCAUCACUGAUAGUAUCGUUCUUUGGUACAGGAUUAGAUCUCCUGGGUGGGCACCAUGUUCCUGUUAUUGUGCGCAGAAAGUUGAUCCUUUGUUGGCAUUUCUGUUUGAGAUACCUAAUGUGACAUCUCCAGGUACCUUUAGAGACGAACCAGACCCCGAGAUAGUUGAAUGUUGAAAGCUGAGCAAUAGUUAUAUCCAUUAACUGAACCUGUAGUUUCGCUGGUUCACGCAUCCUAGAAAAUACAACUAGCUCAGUUUUCUCCGUAGAGGAUUCGAUACCCAGCUGGAGAGAACAAGCAGACAAAUUGUCUAAGGUAUCUUCCAGUGAUCCUUGCAAGUCGACUGCUUUGGGACCUGUAAUAGAAACCACACCGUCAUCUGCAAGUUGCCUUAGCGUGCAGGAAUUGACAAGACAUUCGUCAAUGUCAUUCACGUCAAAAAUUGUAGAAAAGAGGACUUAGGCAUGAGCCCUGGGGAAGGCCCAGCCAAAUCGUGAUGACGAUAAAUAACCAUGCGAGAAAUGCAUUUGGUUUUCAGACAACAGGCUUAGCAAAAAGUUAUUUAAAAUUGAUGAAAGUUAGGUGAAUUUCGGUUGAGAGCAAUGCAAGGCAAUCGUUUGUCCCUUCGCCUUUGCGGGAACCAAAUUGUGUACCUAACAGUAAGCCAUUUGUUUCGACCCAAUUGUCGAGGCGAAACAAGAUCAUUUUCUCGAAUAACUUCCGGAUACAGGACAGCAUUGCAAUCGGUCAAUACGAGUUGUGGUCGGAGACUAGUUUUUCUGGUUUUUGUAUGGCGAUUACACUCACUUGUCUCCAGUCAUGUGGGACAAUGUUACCCUCAAGAAACUUAUUAAAUAAAUUCAACAAGCGUCUCUUGGCAGAUUCUUCAACAAGUUGAAUUUGCUUCUGUUUGGCCCUGAGGUUUAAUUGUUACUUGACAAGAGAGCAAGUGAGAACUCCACCAUCGAAAACGGUGUUUCGUUGGCGGUAUUGUGAGGCGACGCGGCACGGUAGAUUUUGGCGAAAUCGAAUAUCCAACGGUUUGAAUAUUCCAUGCUCUCGUCUGUUUCGAUUUCGCAUACGUCGGGGCGUGCCCCAAAGAGUGCUCAUUGAUGUUUCUCCUGUAAACCCGUCGACAAAACGGCGCCAGCAACUGCGUUUCUUGGCUUUUAUAAAAUUUUUCAUUAGUUUUUCUAAUAACGCGUACAGUUGAUAGCUAGCAACUAACUUGUCAUUCCAGAAAGCUUUAUACGCGGCAGCCUUCUCCGCGUCGCUACGUCAGAGCACUCUUUGUCCCACCACGAGUUGGAAGAACGUUUUUGAGUGUUCACGCCGAGUACUCGUUUCGUCUGAGCUUGAAUCGCGGUAUCGAGAAUCGAGUUGGACAAAAAAUUAUACUCUUCCUCCGGAGGAAGUACCUGUGUCGAGUCGAUAGUUUUGGAUAUCGCAGCAGCGUAGCUCUUCCAAUGGAUGUUUCCUGUGAGGUCAUAGGGAACAUUGAUUGGUUCCGAAGGUCUUGAACGAGUGGUGAUUGCAAUUACAAUCGGCAGGUGGUCACUACCGAGGAGAUCAGAUAUUACCUUCCACUUGCAAUAUAACCGUAGUGAUGUCGAGCAUAGAGAUAUCUCCAGUGCUCUUGCUUGCGCUGUUGGUCUAGGAAUCCGUGACAUUUCCCCUGUGUUCAGAAUUGUCAUAUUGAAGUUGUGAAAAAGGUCUUGAAUUGUCGAGGAUCGAUUAUCGUCGUACAGACAGCCUCACGCUGUACCGUGAGAGUUAAAGUCUCCAAGAAGCAGGCGGGGCGAGAGAAGGUGUUCAAUCACGUUGGAGAAUCUGCGAUAUCUCAUCAUGACCCUAGGAGAAAUGUAAAUAGAAGCAAUGCCUUUGAUUAUUGUUUGACAAGCGACAACUUCAAUGCCUGCCGUCGAAGGGAGGUUGAUUCGAUUGAAGGAGUAGCACUUUUUGAUCCCUAAAAGUACCCCUCCAUAUGGGUCUUCUCGAUCCAAGCGGAUAAUGUCAAAAUCGUGGAAGUUGAGGUUUACAUUAGUAGUAGUAGUAGUCUAUGUUUCACAUAGAGAAAAUGCAUCACAAUUAUUAUAGUCUAGCAAGUAUUUGAAUGAAUCAAUUUUGGGGAUAAAACCAGUGAAGCCAAUUUUCAUCAAAAUUAACACUAAUCACCAAAUCAAAACUGAUAGUAAUCCAUGGUUUCGAUGCACGAAUAUGUAUUUAAACGAAAACCUUCCAUGGUAUCCUAUUUUCAAGUUGCAAACAAAUCAACAUCGAUGAAAUGCGUAACCAAGUUCGCUUGUUUGCAUUCCCUCCAUUCAUUCAUUCCGCGUGAUCAUUUUUCAAUCUGAGUAUGCUUCAAUAUGUUCAUUUGAAAUUGAAACCUAUAGUUACGGUCCUGUAUGGUACUAGAGCCUCGGAUAGUAUUAUUGAUGCCAAAACAUACUCCUUUUCAUGCCCAAAAAAAUUGCAACGAAUGCUAUUUGAUUCAUUCAUUAAGCAUCGAACGUUAUCGAUUGCGAUGAGAAAAUAUCCUUAUUGGCCCGAUCUUCACUCAAUGCUGAGUUGCCUCUGACAACACGUAGUACAGCAUUUAUUGACGAAUGAAAAGUUCUAUUUGGCGCGUUAUGUAUUUGGAUUUGAUCGCCUACUACAAAUAGGAUGGCCUGAUAAGCAAGGACAAUUGGGUCAGUAUACAACAUUCAACGUUGAUAUGCUUCAUUUUAGAUCAACAAUAUUUUCAUCAAUCACCAUCACUGCUCUUCCUAGUGUUUCCAAGCGGAGCCAAUGAAUGCCCCGUUGGCAAGAGAGCAUAUGGGUUUUCGGAGAUAAAUGCAACACGCUCGACCGCACGAUUUAACUUCAAUCAAAAUGAAAAAAUAAAAAAAAACAAUAAUAAAAAAAUCAACAAGAAAAGUAAAAACAAAAUACUCCACCAGUUGGUUUUUGACAAGCUAGUAGGUGAAUUGAUCAUUCGUUACUUUUAUCCGUCACCCGCGUGACCAUCAGACAGUAGAGAGCUGGUGUAGGAUUCUCGUCUAAACAAAGCCGUCUUUCAGAUAAGAAAACUGUUUAAUACCGCACCACACUGUACUGCCUGACACAAUAUAAUGUUUAUACUCCACCCCUUGCUGGUAUAAACACCUUCACCGAUAUCGCUUAACUCGAGGUAAAGUUACACCAACCAACGCGCGUGUGUAACAAACGAGCGUUCGGUUACGAAUGAAUUCAAAUAUGUGUUAUUUCUGUAAUUCUCAAAUACAUUUAAUAUCGAUAUGGAACUAGGGUAUUGUAUCUAUUUUCGUAAUAUUUAUAAUAUGAUUGUCUAUACCUGACUUAUAUCAUGCCUAAUGUCCAUUAUGCGUAAUGACUUUAUGCCUAACGUGCAUAUACCAAACGUACGUAUGCCUAACAAGGUACACACAAUAUUUAUGGAAACAAAACGUUCGUAUGUUUGAAACGACUCAUUGGGCGAGCGCAACACUUCACUCUUCUGUUUUUCUGCCGUAUCACAGCAUUUUUUUAUAUUUUAUUGCGAACAGGUUUUCGUAACGUAUGCGGAAUGAAAUUUGGACGACCCUUCCAGCGUCAAAACAAAAAGGCACCAUACUAACCGUAGCCACACAUAUUUUAAACAUCCAGCGUUACAUUCGACCCGCUAGGAGAUACCAUGUAAACAAAAUGACAGCGAACGCCUAAUCUGGCACCUUGCUAUUAUACCGAAUAAUACUUUGGACGCAAUGGAGGAUUAUGACAUACCUUUUGUACAAAAAGCUGAUAACCCUCCAACUGCGUCCAAUUGAAGAUUUCUGGGCUAAUUUGAAGCGGAGAGUAUAUGCCAAUAAUUUUUGACGUAAAAUCAAACAUCUGAUAGUCAAAAUUAAGAAAAAAAUCAAUUUGAAUAUCAACUUUUUCGACUGCUUUGCAAAAAGCUCCUGCAAACUGUCGUAAAGCUUCUCGAAGAUAUAAGUUAAUAGUGACAACAUGCAAUCGUGUUUUGAACAUUCUAUAGCGCAUUUCCCCCAAAGGGCGCGGUUGGGCAGCAGAGAGUUAAUGACGGCCGCAACUUCCGGUACACCUCCCGGCUGAUCGCAAGUUGCAAAGAAAAAAAGACCAGCUUGUAUAUCCCAUUCUUAAUGAUUGUCAGCCACUAGAGAAUCGUCUUUGGGAACUUCGUCUGGGGGACGUACUUUACGUUGCUGUUCACCUACUUCCUGGAGGACGUAAUCUAACCGAUCCCCUGCCAGUUAUUGCCGUCGAGCUUCAUGUACGACUCGUCGUCCAUGAUCGCAACUACGUGGCGCUUCACCGGAAAUCAUCCUCGACGAGCACCUUCAGCCACAGCUUUUGAGUAGCUGCCCGCGCUUCCGACACGGCCGACGAUUUCCUUAUUUGCCAAAUACUUUUUGAUCGGUUAACCGGGCGUGCCGACCUUCCGACUUCAGACGCAAUAGAAUUUCGCCAUUUUACCUCUCGUCUUCCGCUUCUGUGCGGAAGACGGUCUUGCAAAACCCUCUGAUGUCCGGAACCCGACUUGCGCUCGAUUGUGACACCUUUCUCCAGGAUCUCAUCCGGCCGACACAAAAUGUGCCACGAUGGCGGACUUCUUCGUUUCGGGGGGGGCCUUAGUUCCGGUUCGUUAGAGGAGGGGGGGUUCAUGCCCUUGGGUACAAAAGUUGCCCCGUUGGCUUCGUACCGCUCCAGGAUAACAUUUGACUAGUGGCACGAAGCUAGAUCCGGCCAGAAGAUCGUAGGGUCCUCGUGUUACUUCAACAGAGAAAGCAGACGCUUCUGUAGACACUUCUUGAGAUAGAUCUCCCCAUUUACAGUCCCGAUACUCACAAACGGCGCACUCCGUUUGCCAUAUGAGCAGAUCGGUUGCCAAAUUAUGUAUUUGUUGGCAAACUUUGGAAGUUUCCGCCUUCUUACUUCUUCCGGAACAUAAAACUUGUGCUGGGUGGUGAAGAACAGUAGCCACGUAAGCUGCCGGAAUUCUGCCAUGACGUAAGUCUCAUCAUCUAUGAUUUUUUGACAGCAUCUGGGCGUACAGUUUCCGGGCCCGUGACUUCCCCACCGUAUUUUGCCGUUUGUCAGCCUUCUGCACUUUGUACGUAUGCAGUCCCUCCCAGUCCUUGGCUCUCUGAACGAAAGACUUCCAAGACAGAUUCAACUCUUUGGCCACAUCUCUGACUGAAGCAUUGAGAUUCCGCCUAAACGCUUUCACUACAGGCUUGUGAUUCUGAUCACUAAUAGAACAUGCAUUCUGGCAGCAUUCGUCCUUGCGUUCGAUGCACAGAGUUUGGUAGUAACGUUUAAUCACAUGACUUACCGUUGACAGGAAGAUUCCGAGUUGUUUACCGAUGUCCCGAUGAAAGAGUUCAGGAUUUUCCAGGAGCUUGCGCAAAAUCAAUUCGCAACGUUGCUUUUCGGAUGACACCAAUUUUUUCAUUUUUCGAAAAACUGACAGCGAUAAAAAUACAAUGUAAACAAUACACUCUAAACUACUUACACCCAAAUUUUCAAGAGAAAAUACCGAAUGGGCCAACAAAUGGUCUAUUUUCCACAGUGUAUUUUUGAUGUGGGACAUCUUUUACGAGUUGAGCGCUGUAUGAAAAUUUUGAACAUUUACAAGCGUAAAAAUCCGGUGAUCCAGUUAACUGGCAUGUUUACCGUUGAUUUCAUGUCCAAUUCCAAAAUCGACUAUUACAUAAGGUUCCUUCAGGUAAAAAAUGUUGCCGACGGGUAUAAGAAUAUAUACUGGACAAGGCAUGAUGCUAUGUCAUAAUUAUGUUUGGGUUGGUUACUUACUUACUUGAUACUCGAUGGGCAACAAUUCGCUUCGAUGAAUCUACGCCGAGUGAAGAAUUCUCCUCCACUGGACCCGGUCCUGGGCCAAUCUCUUCCAGUCACCCAGUCACAUUGAGUGCUUUUAGGUCCUCUUCCACUGCAAACAGCCAUCGUGUACGCGGUCUGCCACGGAGUCGUCGGCCUCUUCCCGGUUCUCUACCGAAUGUUAUCUUCGCCUGUCGUUCUUCCGGCUUUCGUGCCACAUGACCAGCCCACCGCAGCCUGUCGUUUUUUAUUAGCUUGACAAUAUCUACUCCUUUAUAUACUUUAUAUACUUGAUAUAACUCGUGAUUCAUGCGACACCGCCAGAUACCAUUUUCUUCUUUAGCGCCGAGUAUUGUUUGCAGCACCUUACGUUCAAAAACACCGAACGCUCUACGAUCAACUUCCUUUAACGUCCACGUUUUAUGGCCGUACAAGGCAACCGGAACUAUCAAUGUCUUGUACAACGCGAAUUUUGUCUUCGAGACUUUAGCUGGCUACGAAGUCCGUAAAAAGCCCUUUUUGCUGCUGCAAGACGCCUUUUCACCUCUCGGGUAACAUCAUUAUCGUACGUUACUAGAGUUACAAGGUACACAAAUUCUUCCACUACUUCAAAUUUAUCACCACCUCACCACCAACAUCACUAUUCGACCCACGUAUUCUUCCAGCUAUCAUGUACUUCGUCUUGCUGGUGUUGAUUCUGAGACCAAUGCUUGCUGUCUCCCUUUUAAAAGGCACGAAUGCUUCUUCCACAGCUCGGCGGUCGAUUCCAAGGAUAUCAAUAUCGUCCGCAAAUCCUACGAGCAUAUGCGACCGAAUGACGAUGGUAUCGUUCCUUUGCACACCUGCUCUCCUGAUGGCACCUUCAAGAGCAAUGUUGAACAGCAAGUUUGACAGCGCAUCACCCAGCUUCAAUCCGUCUAAGGUUACGAAGGACGUCGAAAUCUCAUCCGCAACCCGAACACUUGAAUUCGAUCCAUCCAGCGUUGCACGAAUCAGCCUAAUCAGUUUCGUCGGAAAACCAUGUUCUACCAUUAUCUGCCAUAACUGGUUUCUUUUCACUGAAUCGUACGCCGCUUUGAAAUCAAUAAACAGAUGGUGUGUCUGCAAGUUGUAUUCCCGGUAUUUAUCUAGGAUCUGUCGCAGGGUAAACAUUUGAUCCAUUGUUGAUCGGCCUUCACGAAAACCACCUUGUUAUUCGCCGACGAAAGACUCCUCCAACGGCCUCAAUCUGUUGAAGAGACAUAAUUUUGUGCGCCGAUUUGAGGAGCGAUAUUCCUCGAUAAUUGACGCACUCAAGUCUGUUUCCCUUUUUGUAUAAGGGACAAAUAAGGUCCUCUAGCCAGUCAGCAGGUAGUACUUCUUCUUCCCAUACCUUCAGAAGAGUACGGUGAAGUAUUUCGUGCAGCUGCUCACUACCGUGUUUGAAAAGUUCGGCCGGGAGCUCGUCCUUUCCAGCAGCCUUACAGUUUUCAGCUCUUUGAUUGCCUUUUCACUUCCUCUAGCGUCGGAAGCUCCACAGCUUGUCCAUCGUCACUUAUCUUUAUUCUGUUCGUUGACGCGCUAACAUUCUCUCCAUUCAACAAUGUCUCGAAGUGCUCUCUCCACCUAGCUGCUACCGUAGUUUUAUCUGUCAGCAAGUUACCUUCACGGUCAUUGCACAUGAUGGAAGACGGCGCUGUUUUUCUCCGUACGUCAUUGACAGUUUCAUAAAAUAUCCGCAUCUCAUUUUGUUCCAUACUGUUUUGCGCCUCAAUAAUGACGUUCUCCUCAUACUGCUUUUUCUUUCUGGGGUGAAUCCUGCCAGCAUCCUUGAAAUCGACAUUCAAAGAGUUUGGAUGCGCAUGAUAUUGGACAGCUACAGCGUUAUGCAUUUCUUUUCAUGCAUCCAAAAAUUUACAGAUAUUACAGUUACGGUAUAGCAAAUUAGACGAAAUAUGCAUUCGAUGAACCGAUAAAAUAUUUCUGCAGACGUUCUAAAAACAUUUCUUAUUUUAAAUAGCGUUUGCGUUAAACAAACAAACCCUACAAACCAUCCAAAGUUUUGAAACAAAAACUCAUUGAUUUUUUAAGAAAUUACCGCUAUUUCAAUUACUAAUUUGAUUGCAAGCCCUUUCAUUCAACAUAUAAGUAUUAAAAUAAACUGUAAAAGCGCUGUAAAAAAUCUGAUUAAUCAGCUCAUCGGUUGCAGAGAUAUCGCAUCACUAACGCUACUGUAAGGAAAUGCUUCGAUACAACGGCCGGCAAAUUAAUCCAUUUUUGCAUGAAAAUAUCAACAUUUUUAGCAGUGUUUUGAGUAAGGCUUGGACUAUAUACCUAAAAAAAAUCACGAAAACAUAUCAGUGAGCCUAAGGAUAUUUAGUCCAUUGAUUUGCAAAUCAGUUGGAAAAGCACAAUCUGCAUUCACUGCUCACUCUAAAUAUUUGCCGGUAAAGAUAUUUCCUACAGAAUUUCUUUCGCAGAACAUAAGCCUUUUGGAAUAAAUUAAGAAUCGUUUUUCCCGGGAUUCCCGGGAAUCCCGGGAUAUCUAAAAAUCCCGGGAUUCCCGGGAAAUAAAUUCCCGGGAUGGAAGCUCUAAGCAGUACCUAUUACUUCUCGCGCUGCUGUGCUCACCGCUCCGUGGAUUGACUCCCACAGAUUGUUGAGGUUGUCUUCUGCGUUGAUUCCGCUUAUCCGCUCAUCAAGCUUCUGGCGGUACUCGUCCGUCACACCUUCUACUGAGAAGCGCUGGAUAUUGAAACGCAACGGUCGCUGAGUUCUUUAGUUCGCUACGGUUGAUAACCGUGCUCGAAGCUUACUGACAACGAGAUAGUGAUCAGAGUCGAUGUUUGGUCCUCUAUAACAUCCGAGAAGUGUCGGCCGUCUACCAGGACAUGGUCCAUUUGAUUGCAAGUUUCGGGUGCAUCCAGGUGUGCUUACAGAUGUCUUUGAAGUGCUGCUGAUGGCCAUCCCUCUAGUUGCAACGAAGGUCACUAGUCUCAGGCCGUUGUCAUUGGUUACAGAGUGAAGGCUCUCCUUACCAAUGAUUGGACGAUGAUCUCUACCGACCUGAGCGUUGGCGUCCCCGAUAACAAUUUUCACGUCAUGCUUUGGGCACUCUCCGUAGGUUUUGGUAAAACGCGUCCUUCACGUCAUCGGGUUUAUCGUUUGUCGGUGCAUAGAUGUUGAUCAAGCUGUAGUUGAAGAAUUUGCCACGUACCCUCAAUAUACAGAUUCGAUCGCUAACCGGUUUCCACCUUAUAACACGCUUCAUCUGCUUGCCGAUCACUAUGCAACCGACACCAUGUUCUACCUUUUCGCCGCCGCUAUAGUAGAUGUUGUAUUUGAAGGAAGUGUUGGCGAUGGGAUUCACCGCCCUGAAUUCACGUUCUCCAGUUCUAGGCCACCGCACCUCCUGAAUCGCAGCCACGCUCACUCCAGCCGUCUGCGUCCGGGUUCAUUCAAAGUCUUGACAUUCCAUGUUCCGAGUUUUCAAUCAUUGUCCUUAUUUCGUAGCCGGGUCGGUUGCCGAAAGUAUCGUUCGUUUAUCUUUUCUUCUUCACUUUUCGUGGUAAGUGGGAGGGUUUGGUAGGCUACCUUACCGGGGUCGCGCUGGUGGGGCUGCCACCUUAAGUAUAGCUGACGCGGUACAGCAUUUCAUACUCAGCCGCUGGAUGCCAGAACAGACGCAGUUUGAGCCGCACCUCCUUGGUGAACAGACGCUCGGGACGUACCUCCUCAAUCUAGUUGAAGUCAGAAGGACAACAGUUCCCAGACUGCACUACCAGCUAAGCACACAACUCUUAGCUGGCGGUCGUUGUAAUCAUAUGACCCGGGGAAGCAUGAGGUAGGGACUUGUGAGGACCAUCGCUAUGUUGGACGCUCCUUCCAGGUUGUCGACUCACCGUUUUGCAGCCCAGGGUUGGUUACUUGAGAUUGUCAAAAAAGAGGGUUGUCUGCGAUAAAACCGGUUUACCGAGACCGCACUUACGGCUGAUAGUUGACAUCUAACAUCUAACCUUGCACGAUCCGUACUGUGGCCAUUGAGAUUAAUGAUAGCGCAAUGGAAAAAACGAUGGACAAAGCAUUUGAUCGGAGCUACACACUAAGUUUACUAAGAAUUACUGGUUUUGCUGGACUUUUGAACAGCGGUCGGUAAUCUACCCAGUAAAACAAUUUUAUUACCGAACUCGCCACGAAAUACUAAUGGCGUUUUUGCUUGACCCCGAAACUGAGUCGGGUUCUAACCCCAAUCGCUGUCAGUUCAUACAUUUUGACAGCAGCGAAAACGACAUAAAUACGUGCAGGACUUACAUAACUUGCCAAUAUUCGAUAUAGCUAUAUGGAGUCAAGCUCUAUCUGAAAUAAACAGACGUUUUUGAAAGAUUUUCUGAAACCAGUUUUUUGCGUUUUUAGAGAUAUCUUACAUACUACGAAAUUUAAUACAAAAUUGCUGAACAUUUUUUCAUCUGAUUAGUACAAACCUGGUGCAAUUCCGUUCACUAAAAUGAAGGAUAUUGACGUUCAAAAUCUUACUAGCCUGCUCUGCCCAUGAUCACAUAUUUGUCUCGUUGUCCAGGGGUUUUCCUACCUUUAGUGGUCAUCCAUAAAGGACGUAGCAUUUUUAGUGAUUUUUAACACCCCCCUCCGCCAUCGUAGCAUUUCGUCACAAAACUCUGAAUACCCCCUGAUAAUUACGUUGCUUGACGGCAAAGUCCCUCUAAACAAGGUCCUAGCAUGCGUCAAAACUGUUAGUGGUAAUGAACAGACAGCCUGUAAAACGUGGUAUUGAUGACGUAGGCGCUACCAUUCGCCCAUAGAAACUGUCACACAUACGAGCACAGAGGCAGUUUUCGUUUUGACGAAUGCUAGGACCUUCCUAUAUAAGGACUUUGGCUUGACGGUUACUCUACACCCUCCCCCCCCCCCCUGUCACCAUAAAUUUUUAAAAAAAGAUAAAAAACGAUGUUAAUUAGAUGAAACGGGUAAGGUUGUCGUGACAUCAGGUCCACCCCUAUUCCCCUUUAAAAAAGCUACGUAGCAUGACAUGACCCCCUACCCCCUAUCGUCACACAUCAUUACAAAAUACAAAACUCCCCCCUCCCCUAUAUAAUGCUACGUCAUUUAUGGAUGGUCCCUUAUGAGACAGAUUUGCGGUCAUAGGCAGUGCUUUAUACGAUAUUUAGAGGCAACUCUAUUGAAAGGCUGGACCCAGUGUUAAUUUUAGAAUCCGAAAACUAAACACGAAAGUCUACCGAAAUUCUAACCCUCUGGCAGCCAUUACAUUUGUGCUGUCGCCCAAAGCUCUAAGACUAAGCAUAACUUCAAGAGUGUUUAGUAAGUAUGUCCUUCCUUGGAUAGAGAAAAAAAUACCGACCGAAGCCGACUUUUCCACGAAAUACGCACCCGCACAACAUUAGAAACAUUCUUAUAUAAAUUGAUAAAGUGGGUUUUUAUCCAAAGUACGAAACCAUCUGAAAUUUGUAAUUCAACCCCGAAGCAGCUGUCAACCAUUAAACCUUAUGUAUAAAAGAGCAGAAAGAUAUGUAAAUAUAGCAAAUUUUACCCUUAUUGGAGCAAAUCGUUAUCAUUAGCAUCGCGUUAUUGUGAUGUUUUCGUUCGCCAAUCUCGUUUAGAUAAUACAAUAAUUACGGUAAAUGUGGCUCUGAGUCCCAUCGCGGCGUCUAGUAAGUUACUACUGCAGUACGCUUGAUACGAAACUAUGAAACUGGUUCCGGUAUGUUAACGGAAAAAAUUUCAAUACUGUAGUGUAAAAGAAAUCGCCGGUAUUCGCCAUCGCUUGAUAAUGAUACUAAAAACCAACACAAGAGCUUAGACAAAUUACAUUACAUCUUAGAAGCAGGAAAUCUCAAAAUGAAAGCAACCAACAUUACAUUAAAUAUUGUUAUAAAAAAAAUCAAUUGGCAUCGAUGUGAUUUAUCAGUUUAUUGACUAAAUUUUUCGCUAAUAUUGGCAAUGUAAAAGCUUUUCCUUAGCUAAAAAAUAUAAUUAUACUACUAGGGCAAGAUAUUAGUCGGUGUCCUUUUGUCCCCACGCUCCCGUAAUGCUAAGCUGUAUACUUACCAGUGAUAAGAUACGAAUCAAACUAAUCAAAACUAAUUAGUCCAACAGCAACUAAGAAGAAUCAUCAGAGAGAAACUAUAGACUUUGUGUUACUGUUUUCGAUUUUCGGUUGCCUUCAUUCAUUCAUUGGAUAACGAAAAGACAUCCAAAAAGUUGUAAACAAACGCCAAAGAAGUACUUAAGUUGUAAAGCAAGCAAAAUUUAAAAGAAAAAGAGAGUCAAAGCAAGGGAUUUCUUUAACGAUAGUCAGGUUUUUUGUAUUAUAUUGUAAUAAGAAGCAAACCAAGUAUGAAAGUUAGUGAUAAUAACUAAGGACGACAAACGCAAAACAGAAACAUUAGAAUGAAACGAAAAUAUCCACCUAUCAAAGAAAAGAGUAACAUUUUACAAAAAGUAGCAACAAUAGCGGAAGAAAAUAGAAGAAAAAAACCCUUACAAUACAAGACCCGGGGGCCAAAAUGUCCUUUAUAGGUAAAGUUUUAUUUCAAUUCGAGACACAAUGUGAAUCGAGAUGCGAUCCCGACAAAACUCAGAUUAUGGAAGACGAAUCUUUCGUUUUGAGCUGCCGAAGGCCGUCUGAAUCGGAGAGGGUCACCAGAGACCGCCACUUAGCGUCCUCCCUAUAUACAUAGUAGUUAUAUAUAUACAGAUCCAUAAAUACAAAAUCGAAAAAUGGACAGCCAAGUUGUAAAUCAAAUUUAGGUCGGUCAGUCAGUCAGCCGACGGGGAGGCGUUUGAAAAAUGCGAAACUGCUGUGUCGUACACGUGUGGUAUAAUUCUUAAUCCGGAAGAGAUUAUAAAUAGAUGUAGAAAUGCGCUUAUAGCGAAAUAGAUAACGUAUGAUAAUAAUGCUGAAGUACUAUAGAAAAUAAAAUCAAAUGUAGAGUAAUUAUCAAAAAUCAUAAAUAAUAAAAAAAUGCAAGGAUAACA